GGCUACCUGAGUGACACAGGGAGGGUUUUUGGAUAAACCGCGCGUCUGGAUGUACCGACAAGGACGUUUACAAUAGUCCCGUAUAUGUGUAUUCGUAAUUAAGAACAAGAUUUUAAUAUAAUAUUCGUUAUUUUCAUAUAGAAAUGGCAAGUGUAGGACUGGCCGUUAGCGCUCCGAAUUUAGAAGAGAGAGCCGUUUUCACGCAGCUUAAACCCGUGCGGAUGUGUAGCGCGGAUGGGCCGGAGGACUCGUCUGUAUUUGAGGACGUCAAACCCGCUGUUAGACUCGCAACAAACGCUGUUGAAAUGGCUCAGACACGGAUGGAGAUGGAUAAAUAUCUGCCCCAGAGCGGCCCGCUGCUUUCCCCAAACAUGAUGGAUAAGAAGUACCGUCGGGAAAGUGCCUCAGUGGUGGAUGAGUAUUUUGCAGAUGAGAAGCCUGCCCCUUACAGUCUCAACAUCAACGUUAUCCUGCCCAAUACCACACAUCUUCGCACUGGCCUUUACCGUCCAAACAAACCUCCGGUGCAUCAGAUCAAAACUGAGCCGGGUGUGGACGAACCUUGCAGCAUUCAGACGCUUCCCGAAUUCACCUCUGUCUUCAGUGUGCCCCAGACGGUCAACAGCCUCUUCAUCAAACCUGACAUGUCUGUCACAGAUGAGCUCCACAUUGGCCCUCAGCAGCCAUCAGUCUACCAGAUGCCCGUCAGCAGCAGUGACCUCACCACAAUGACCUUUUCCCAGAGUCAAUCGAUGAACGGCUCGUCCAGCAGGACCAUGCUCAACCUGAACACUGUGGCCUUGACAGCGCAAUCUGGUGAAUUUGUCAUGCCCGAGCCAUACUACGUUUCACCCCAGCCGCACAGUUUGCCUCCAUCGCCCCCCAACUCCCAGCCCGGCAGUCCAGAGAACCAGGCAGAGCUUAUUACCUCAGUUCCCCCUCCCCCACCGUACCAGGCUAGAAUCGGAAUGAAGGUUGGACAGAUGACCCCUCACUCCAUGCUAAUGGCUCACGGUCAGGGCGUCCUCACGGGGCCCAGAUACAACCGACGGAACAACCCUGAGCUGGAGAAGAGAAGAAUUCAUCAUUGUGACUUCCCAGGAUGCACUAAAGUUUACACAAAGAGCUCUCACUUGAAAGCACACCAAAGGACUCAUACAGGUGAGAAGCCAUACCGGUGCAGUUGGGAAGGAUGUGACUGGCGUUUUGCCCGCUCAGAUGAACUGACGCGGCAUUACCGCAAACACACCGGCGCAAAACCCUUCAAAUGUGUUGCCUGCAGUCGCUGCUUCUCUCGUUCAGACCACCUGGCACUGCACAUGAAGCGCCACCAAAACUAACAGACUUUACAUCCUUACUUUUUCAAUGUUUAUAACAGUUUUCAUGUUCUAAAUAUUUCACAGUCAUUCACAUACGAAGAUCAAACUAAUGAAAGCUCUGCCCUAUAUCAGCACUCCACACAUUUUGUCAUGAAGAGGACUGGACAUCACAGCAGAGCUCCAACAGAAUGUAUACUACUGUACAUAUGUUUUGUAUGUGUUUGUAUGUCUGUAGAUUAAUGUGAAAAGAUGCUAUGAAUUUUAUACUUGACCUCCAUCCACUUUGUCUGACUAAAUUUGAAAAUCUUCCUAAUAAGAGUCUUCCUAAUAACUUGAAAUGUAAAGUUUGAUUUAUUAAUUCCAAAGUAAUAGUUAAUUGUUCAUUUUAGACAAUACAAUACUAUUUAUAUGGAAUUUCCCACUCACAAAAAGUUGUUUGCUUUUGGGUAAGAUGCUACUAUAUAUAUAUAUAUAUAUAUAUAUAUAUAUAUAUAUAUAUAUAUAUAUAUAUAUAUAUAUAUAUAUAUAUAUAUAUAUAUAAAGAUAUAAAAAGUAGUAACCCUAAUGUUUGCUGUUCUCACAGUUGUGUAUCCAUGGAUACAAAUCUUUAUGAGACUGUAAAAAGGUAGCACUCAGAUCAGUCGACUGUUUGACAUUUCAGCUCUUUGUAUGACAGAAAAAAAGACUGUGAUGAAUAUGAAAAAUAAGCUCACAAGAGCCUUAUUUGACCAUGUGUGCCAAAUUUGUAUUUCACACAACAGUUGAUAAUAACAGUUGAAAAUAAAUGAAGAAAUUGUGAUAUGCAAAACAUUUUGAAACUUCACAACAAUCCCUUUCUUUUCCCAAGAACAAAUUUGUAUUUGUUGUGGACAUCGUAGCAUUUGCUUUUGUAAUGCCGGUGAGACCCGUCUUGAGCUCUGUAUGCAGCUUAGCGACCGCAUUUUUAUAAACGCUUAAAAGUUCUCAAGUUCCCUUUGUACAUGUCCUUCACUUAUGAAGGGAACUCUGAUGGAUCAAAAGGUACUGUACAUACUCUUGUUAAAGUUUAACUACAUGUAAAUACUUUUCUCUUUGAAGCUGAUUGUUUUUAUGAACAAAUGGGAUUUUGCUACGUUUGUCUUGAAUGUGGGUGUUGAGUGUGUAGAUCUUGCAUACUAAGUGAUCAGUUUAACAUUUUGUAUGUACUUGUCUGAAUACAGAACUUUGGAAAUAAAAGAAUAAUCACA